ACACAUACCAAGAUGAAGUCUUCUGUCCUUCUCAGCUGCAUCGCCUUCGCAGCUUCAGUGGCUGCUGCUCCUGUCCCUGUAUAUUUUUUCUGCCCAAGCCUUCCGUGCUCCAAGGUGAGCCUGGUGGCCUUACCCGUCUCUGAGAGGCGAUACGACGGCCCAGGCUCCCAAAAGCUGGCUCAAUUUGCUACCGUUUGCAGGGAAUGGCAGGUCUUCUUCGAGACUUAUACUUUUCGGCGUCUUGUUCUCGACUCUGACUCCCUCGGCGAGUUUGACGCAAUCAUCAGACGACGUGACGCUUGUUUGGGCAACAACCUACUAUUCACAACGUGUAUUCAUUCUCUCCUCAGGACUCUUAAGCUCUGGGAUCCGGCGAUUCAUGGCGCAAAGGGACUGACUCUGAUGCUGUCUGCAUCCUCGCCCAGCGAUACAGAGCAUCGGUUCGGUCGAUGCGAAAUGAAGGACAAUUAUCCCUUUCACUACGCCGAAGACCUUGAUCUCGCACCGGGCUUGAUUCAAUUCCACCGGGCGAACGUUGCUGAUCCGUACAUCUACGUUUUUCACGGUGACUGUGGUCCGCCAUCGCACAAUGGACACGCCCAAAGGCUUCGGGGAACUCCGCUCCGAUUAAUACAGAGGGGUGAUCGAGGCAGCUUUGUCAACAUGGAAAAGAGUCUUCCUGGCGUGCCCAUGGUCAAAGGACUGGUCAGGCGCAGACAGUUCCGCAGGGAGAUCCAGGUAGGGGCACUGUCCUGGCUACUUACCAGAAGCUUUGUGGCACUGGAGUGGUUCCGCUUCGAGAGGACUGUUUACCAGGAGCCUCAGCAGCAACUCUCCUUUGAGCAGGAGUCUGAUGAAGUUAACAACCUUCUCUCAGGCGUCCAGUCACGCUUACUGCCAUCACUGCCGAGAACCUUGCGCCAACUCUCCUUUACGCAGUGGAAGAUCCCCAUCAUUGAGCGCGGUUUUGGCCUCGAGCAAGUAGGAUCCGAAAUCCCUCCGCAUGCUCGAGCCCAGCUGCCACGGGAGAUGGCAAAGCUUUCUCAAAGACUGGAGCAGUUCUGCCCGCCAUGGCAGAUGGACACAGCUGCCUUUUUUCAUUCCAUCAUUGAACUUGGAGAUUCAUCCGCGAUGCUUCAAAGCUCCCUGAAACGCAUCAUUCUACGUUGUCCGCUCUCAAACACGGGCACAAGCGGACAAGAUUUCGGAUCCAUGGUGCUCUUUGCAGCCAAAGCGGCUCUGUCGCUUCCCCAUCUGGAAGUCAUCGAGCUUUGGGGUAUCUGCCUCGACGAACACGGAAGCCACGCUUACAUCUUCCAGUACGCCUACGAGGACAGCCGAGCCAGCAUCGUCUGGAGGAGCUCUGAAAAGCCCAUGGUGUCCCAGGCGCGGAUCAUCGCCAAGUGGGACGAGGUGGCCCAGAAGCACUCGCAUUCUGCUCUCACGUACAGCUUUGUGCCCUUUGUGGAGACAGAGGCAGAGGUUCGCCGGAGUGGUGGACUCUGCGUAAUUCGAUAUUUACGGCUAGAAUAUCUGUUGGUUGACCCAAUUACACGGAAGGCCCUGGAGCACCAUUCUCUUCAAUGGGGUCCAGAUGACAAAAGCGAUUCAUUGCAGCAAGAUGAUCCUCCGAAUCCAAGUCUCGCACACCCAAAUUCGUUGGGUGGCCCAGCACUGGAUGCUGACCUCUCGUCACUGCAGGCGGAGAUGACGGCUUUCGGGGCCAAAGUCAAGGCCUUUCUCCAGCAGAAUAAAAGGUUUCUAUGGACCGGGAUAUAG